AUGUCUGAGGGCGUUUAUGAAAAUGCAGAUUCUUUUCACAUUACAAAGCCAGCAGGUCGCUACAAACUGGCUAUGGUGCUGCUCUGUGUUCUCCUCUUGGCUGUUACAAUUGAACUUUCCACCACAGGUCUGAAAACAAACGAGUUCCAGCACAGGAACAAGAACCUUGCAGAAGAGAAAGAUCAACUACAGAACCAGAACAAUAACAUUAAAGCAGACAAAUCCCAGUUGGAGGAGAGGAAUGCCUUUCUAAUCCAUCAUGAAUCCCAGCUAGAGACAAACUUCAAUGCCGUGACAGCUGAGAGAGAUGAACUACAGAUGCGUCUUGGUGAGAUGGGUCUGAAAACAAAAGAUUUACAGCUAAGGUACCAGAAUCUUGCAGAAGAGAAAGACCAACUACAACUUCAAUACAACAACAUCACAGCAGAGAAAGCCCAGUUGGAGACCAAGUUCAGUGCUGAGACAGAGGAACUACAGAGGCGUCUUUGUCGACUAGAAUCACUCGACAUGAAAAACAUUAAACAACAUGCAGUGAAUGUGAGCCUGGAUCCUGACACAGCAGCAUCCAAUCUCAUCCUGUCUGCUGAUGGGAAACAAGUGAAGUAUGGAGACACACGACAGAAUCUUCCAGACACUCCAAAGAGGUUUAUUAAGUACACCAUUGUGUUGGGCAGAGAGGGGUUCUCCUCUGGCAAAUUCUACUAUGAGGUUCAGGUUAAGGGGAAGACUGAGUGGGAUAUAGGAGUGACCAAGGAGUCUGUUGACAGGAAGGGACAGAUAUAUCUGAGUCCUGAAUAUGGACUCUGGACAAUAUGGCUGAGAAAUGGGAUUUAUAUAGCUGCGGCUGAUCCCCCUGUUCGCCUCUCCCUGAAGGGGAAGCUCCAAAGGGUGGGGGUGUUUGUGGACUAUGACGCAGGUCUGGUCUCCUUUUAUGAUGCAGAUUGCUGGGAUCAUAUCUACUCUUUUACCAGUGUCUCCUUCAGUGAGAAAAUCUAUCCAUUCUUCACCCCGAAUCUUAAUGAGGGUGGUAAAAAUUCAGCCCCUCUCAUAAUCUCCCCAGUCCAUGUCUGCCCAAUGAAAUAAAUAAUGUGAACAGUGUAACUUUAUGUUUAAUUGCAUACAUGUUGGAGGAAAUGUUAAACAGAUCUGGAUAGGAGAUUUUUUUUGUUUUCUGCUUUGUAGUCAUAUUGAAACGUGUUGCUUUGUAUAAUAGGGCAUUGUGUAAUAAUGUACUGUGGUACUUUCAUUUUUCAUGUGAAGAGAUAAGAAAUGGCAAUUGAACUUGAAUGGUACUUGAAUUUAUGAAUCUGUAAUAGCGUUGUGCUUGCUAAUUCUGU